AUGCAUCCUUAUAUAUCAAACUAUCCCGUCCCAGCAUAUCCAUCAUUAUCAUCAUUUGUUCAUCCACUUAUACCUUCAGUAAAUACUAAUGUUAUGGCAACGUUUCCAUUUUUUCAUGGAUCACCUGAUCGAUUUACAGAAUUUCUUCUUGAUUCUCGUCAUCCACGUAAACAACGUCGUUCUCGCACUGCUUUUACCAGUCAACAAUUACAUGCAUUAGAAAGAUGUUUUGUAAAAACUCAUUAUCCUGAUGUUGUUAUGAGAGAAAAACUUGCUCUUUAUACAAAUUUACCUGAAGCUCGUGUUCAAGUAUGGUUUAAAAAUCGACGAGCUAAAUAUCGAAAGAAACAAAAGAUACUUGUUGAUGCAACAAAAAAACAAACAACAAUUGUAAAUGACAUUCAAACAAGUGAUGACGAUGAUGAUGAUGAUUCAAAUUUAAAACAUGAUCCAAUAAUUGUCACCAAUAAAAAUGCAGAAGAAUCAACAAUACAAACAUCAUCGAAUUUGAUAUGUCAUCAAUUAUCAUCAUUUAGUCGAAUGUCUUCCUAUACAUUAAAUAAUGAACAAGAUUUUAAAACUGAUUCAUCAAUGUACAAUUUUUCUACAAAUGAUGAACAAACAAAGUGGCGUCCAAAUACAUUAAAAUAUCAUAUUGAAAAUUUAUUACAGUAA